AUGGGAUUAAAUGCACCAAACUCAAAAUAUUUUUGUUUAUAUUGUGAAUGUGAAUCUAAUAUUCGCUGGGACAUGAAUUUAAAGUGGCCAAUUAAUAAAAAUACGCAAUCUAAGAAAAAACCCAAAUUAUUUCCUGUUAUCAAACAGAAAAAUUACAUUCCUGACGAACUACAUUUAUUAUUAUGUAUCUCAGAUGUAUUGAUGGAAUGUUUUUUUAAUGAUUUAUUUAAAAAAAAGGAAUUUGAAUGGGUAAUUAAAAGUCAAAUCGAACAAACUAUGAAAUCUAUUCAAGUACAUUUUGAAUUUUUUAAGUCACAGGGUGAAAAAUGGGAUUGGACUUCGUUGAUGGGACCUGAUAAAAAAAAAGUUCUACAACAUUUUCCAGUCACUAAUUUUAUCUCAGGAAGACGUGGUGAAGAUAUCCAAAAACUUUGGCGUAAUUUUUAUGAUCUAUAUAUGUUUAUAAGACAAACAGAUCUUAAGGAUUCCGAGAUUGAUGAUUUUGAAAUUAAAGUAAAAGAAUGGAUUUAUUUGUUUUGUAGGCCAAAUCAAGAAAAGAAUUUGUCAUUGCGGUUUUUUUCUGCUUCAAGUAUUGAAAAAAAAAAUCAUAACCAGGUUCAGUUAUUUUUUGGUGGCACUACUAUGGGUGGUGGGAUUAAAGGAAAAUCUGUAGUACAAGAUAUAAUGGAAUUUGAAAAUCGUCAGCUAUUUUAUUUGCUUAAUAAUACUUCGCAAGAAAUCCAGAUACGAAAUAUUAAUGUAGAAGAUAAAGAAAAUAACAAUUAA